CUGGCCACGCGACUUCAACUACCGUGAUGGCCUACAAGAUUUUCAGGUGCCAUGGCAGCCUCCUUGACCAAGCUGCUGUCAGGACUCAGCGCAGAGCGAUGGUUCAAGGCUGGCAACAUAUUGGAAGAUGUGAAACAGCAAGGAGUGCUUCAGCUGGACGUGAUCCACUGCAACGCCGCCAUGAAUUCCAUCGCUUGGAGCUCCUCCCUGCAGAUGCUCCGGGAGAUGCAGCGAGACCAGCUGCGGCCCAGCGUCCGAAGUUACUCCGGGUCCUUCCGGUUUUCCAGCUGGGCGAGGGCGGUGCUUGGUUUCUUCAAGAUGCGAGUCCUGCAUGUUGAAGCCAACGAUUUCUGCUGCAGUGCUGUGAUUCAAGUCUGCGGGUCAAACACGCACUGGCAGAGAGGGACCUUCCUUUUUUCGUCGCUAGCUUCAACGGACCUGGCCUGUUGCAACGCCGGCCUCGCAGGCGACUGGCGCCAUGUCCUGCAGUCGCUCCAACGCAUGGAGGCCCUGCAUGUGGAGACGGAUGUGGUGACGCAAGGUGCAUCAGUGCGUUCUUUUGAAGAAACCCGGUGGCAGAAGGCCAUCCUUCUUCUUCAGCACCUGUUACUGCCGAGGCAUCCCUCCGACAUGCGCAGCUAUCCGUCGCCAAGCUCCACUGUGGCCUUCCUUGAGAAGGUGGGGCCUCAUGGCUGGCCUUUGGCCCUGAAGCUGUUGCGCGGCCUCCGCUGCAUGCGGGACGACGGCGGCGUGUUGCCCAAGGUUUCCAAGAGCCCGGAUGCUUGGCGUUUCACCAUGGCCCUCCUCCCUUCCGACGUGGUGAGUUCCACUGCAGCCAUGGCAUGCGUGAGCCCAGCGGCAUGGAGCAUAGCUGGGGCGGUGCUCCUCCAAAUGCAACGUGCAGAAUUAGAAGCCAACAUUGUUACUUUCAACACUGUCAUUUCUACAUGCACUUCUUGGCGCAUGUCGUGCCACAUGCUCAGCAGCCUGAAACAGGUGCAACCGAGCAUCUCCACCUUCAGUUCCAUUGUCAAAACGUGCCACGACGGGUACCACGCCUGGAGCAUGGCAUUGCACCUGCUGCAGAGUGUUCUGAACCGGGAGGUAGAGCCCAAUUCCAUCACUUUCAAUGCAGCUUUAAGCGCUUGCGAGAAAGGCGGCCAAUGGAAGGCAACGGUGGAUCUCUUGAGGACGUAUCGCUGGCACAGCUUGGAGGCAGAUAGCAUCACCUACAAUGCCACCAUCGCUGCGUGUUCGGAGUGGCCCCUGUCCCUCCACUUCUUCGCGCAACCAGGGCGCAGCUCCACGCGCCUCAAUUUGACCAUCGCCUCCUUCGCGCAGGGCACGCGGACCUGGCCCUGGGCAUUGCGGAUGGUCAGCAGGUAUUCAGAGUACAUGGACAGCUUUACGUCUCCCACCUUCAUCAGCCUGCUGUCAGCCACUGCUUGGUCCAACGCUCUACGGCACAUGCAGUGGACGCAGGAACAACGAACACACAUCCAGACCAAUGCCCUGCUGAACGCUGCUGUCAGUGCAGUUGACCCCUGGCCUUGUGCUGUGGAGCUUGUAGCAGCUGUGGCGCAGCCUACCGAGAUCCUAUCUUGGAAUGCAUGUUUGAACAGCUGUAGCAGGUGCUCCCAAUGGUUGCCAGCAAUUCACCUGGCACGAAACUUGAUGGAGAAAUCCAUCGAAAGCACUUUGGUGACCCAGACCUCCCUGGUCGAAGCCUGCAGGAGGGCUCCUUGGCAGCUCGCAGUGACGCUGCACAGCACCGAUUGUGCGGCGGUGAGCGCUCUGGUGCCGCAGCUGGCGUCGCGGCCGCGAGCGCUGCGGCAGCACUUGGCGCGGCUCAGGUCGGGUCUGAUGAGGGAGCUGACCUGCGUAGCUCAGUUACGCUCGUGAAUGGCUGGAGCGUUCAAGGGAAAAAUGCGGGAAACAUCAGGAAACCAUGGCUUGAA